GCAGGAAAGAGUCUGUCAUCAUUGCGCCGCGAGGACAGCCAGGUUGGGUGUGGACGGCGGCAAUGGCUAAGAAGCGGAAGUCAGAUAAUGCCGGGAUGGAUGACGUGGACAGAACGCUGUAUACUUCAUUCGUUGCAGCAGCGAAUUCGAUUUCGCAGCUGUAUACGCAGGCCCAGCAUCAGCAGAAGCUGGCGUUCUUGGCAGGUCAGAGGCAUGCAUCUGAGAAGAUCGUUCAAUGGCUGCAAAGGGGGUACGGGAGCGCGGCGGAGGUGCCGAUCAACGAUUUGUUGGACUUUUUGCACAGGCAAGUCGAGCCCGGGGGGAUGGAUAGCUUAGUGGAAUUUGGGGGGGGGGCAGUUCAACAAACGGUGGCGGGGGGGCUGGGGGGAGGAGGGGGGGGAGGGGGCGGAGGCGGCGGGGGGGGGGGGGGGGGGGGGGGCAAUUACCUGAAUCCGCGCCCAUCUGCUGCGGCGGCCCUCUCCGGUCCUCAUCACCCGCAGCACCAGGCGCAGCAGCAGCAGCAACAGCAACAAGGAGCGCACCAGCAGGAGUCUCCGCAGACCUUGCAACAUAAUAUGGCAUUACUCUCGUGUGGAAGAUCGGCGGCGGGAGGAGGGGGAGAUGGUGGGGAUGGGCAAGAUGCGCCUGCUGAAGGCUUCACUAGGGCUGUGACCGGAAUGGCCUCUUUGUUGAGGCAAGGGGCUACGCUCCUCGGCGCUACGCAGGAUGAUUGUGAUGGGGCUUGCGCCAACGAUUCAGGCGCCACGGCAUUGACCGAUCAAACUGGGAAGAUGGGGGUGAUGUCUGGAGGGGGGAUGUCAAGUCCGGCUCGGAGAUCCCUAGCGCAGUAUGCGGCUAUGGCGGAGGCACCGUUCACAGGAUUAAUUGGGAGAGGGAGUAAUCCGGUGGAGAUGGCAGGUAAUCACCACGAGCGGGAAAGGCAUGGCGCGCAGCAGCCAGCGUCGAUGAUCAAUAACCUGUUUUCGAGAUCGACGAUGAUUGGUGCUGAUGAUCUAGCGAAUGGGGCCGGCCCUAUGCUAGCGGGAGAACCCCAUUCACAACAGAUGAGCGCUUUGCACCAGUCGCAGCAGACGCAGCAUCAUCAUCACCAUCACGCACAACAACAGCAGCAAGUGCAAGGAAGGGUCACCGGUUUUGGCUAUGGUGAAGAGGGGCCUGGAGGUGGUGUUGGCGCUGAUGAUGAGGAUGCUUGCAUGGACAUGGGGGCGAUUUCGCUUGAGGAAAUAGAGGGCGGGGAAGGGGGGGGAGGGGAGACGUGUGGGCGGGGAAGUGAGAAUGAUGAUGGAGGUUGGGGGACGGCUGUUUCCUUGAGGUAUGCCUUUUAUAGCUCUGUUUCGGCUGAUGGCCUGGUGGAAAGGGGGAACAGGUGACUUGUAUGUUGGGCUUUGGCUUUUGCGUGCCAGCCUGGGGUUUUAGGGAAGGUGCUGACUUGGUGCUCGACGUUGGCAAUGCAAAGGUUGCUUGCUCUGUAAAGAGGACGGAUUGGAAAGGAGCAUCAUUCAUUCCACCGUAGGGGGAGUCGGCUAAACGCCCACAAAAUUUCGUCAGUGACUGAAACGUGCGUGGAGCUGAACUGCGCGGGCCAGGACCGUUUACCCCUUGCUUGCGAUGUAUGAUCUCUUCUGAAGGUUAGGAAGGAAGAACAACAGAACAACAGAACAACAAGGAAGCGUCGCAGCUUUCAGUGGGUGGUUAGCGCAGAGGCGUGGGAUCUGUGGCUGUUGAUACAGCUUUCUCUUUGGGUCAGACAGACUAGAAUGAGGUGAGAUUGUUGCAGUCGUUCGACAAGAGUCGACGAAAGGAAACAAUAAAGCGCUGAUGGGAGUGCACGAGAGAGUGCCUGCUAUAUUGGCAGUGGGCGGUGGUGCUGCAGAGGCGAGUCUUAUGCUUGUCAUCACAGUCCUCGACCUGGAUCUGCUCUUUGGAGUGUCCUGCUUCUUCUUCUGUGUUUGUCGUAUCGGCGUGAAGAGGGCAACGGCGUGAAGAAGGCAAUGGCGUACGAUAGGCUUGCUGAGGCGAAAGAUGAUUUGGAACUGUUCGAUGAGAGUUGGUUGUGUCGUCCUUCCGGACAUCUGUUAAAAUUGGAACGAACGAUACACAGAAGAUUAGCACGGCCCCUGCGCAAGGAUGACAUGCAUAUUAAAAGAGUUGGUUGCCUUGUCAGAUGUGAAGCAGGGGGGGAUGGUGGAGGAUAGAUUGGCUGAGGCGAAUGAGUAGGAACCGGAUGACGAGGGUUUGGUUGGGUGGGUGGAUGGAUGGUCAUCAUGCUGGAAACGUGUUUUGUGCAAUAGCGAUUGGAUGUUAAGAGUAGGUUAGCGGGGUCUGCCACUUUGUGCCACUUGUCUUCUUCGAUGAGGGGUAAUGUUGGAGGUGGGGUUGUUGAAGAAAGGGUAAUGUUGUAAUGGGUGUUGUUGCUGAUGAAAAGCAGCUGAUAACAACGCAUUCCGACUGACGCUGUGUUCCCUUCUUGGUCUCCGCCUGUGAUGGUAGGAUGAGAUCAAUGGCACCCCCUUUUCUGUGUGCAACACAUGAUUAUCUGUCAUGUGUAUAUCUCUGUGGGGUGGGUGGGGUGCAUGUUAAACGGAACUUGGACGCUCCACUGCGUUUCACAGUCCCUUGGAUUUUGGGAGGAUGCGCAUUUUGCAUGGCGGGCUGGAGGAUAAAGAGGGCAGGCCGUUCACCGCUGAAGUUUUGGAGGUUGCAGGCGUUUGUGCUGUUUUUCCUGGAGACAGUGGUGGAUUGACAUUGAGGUUCAUUGAGGUUCAUCCUUUCAGCCGCGGAGAUUGCUCAAAAGUGUUAUUUGUAUAAUUGCGAGGUGGAGAAGGGAUGUGUUACUCCACUCUAUUCCUCAUUGGCACUAAGUCGCUAACGAUAAUUGGUACAGGCCUUUCUCAAACGAGUACAGCUGUGAGCUGCUUACCAUGUAUUCAGAUUGGAUGUGAGAAUUUCAGACACAGUGCAAGCGGUAUGGGGCAGGGAAAUGUGAGAGUUGAAGCUCUAUGCAUUGUCUCCCUCCCUUUGUCUACACUGCUGUUCUUCCCUGUCUUCCUUGUGUUCUCUGAUGAUGAUUGGAUGCUUAUCGAAUGAUUUGUGUGUACUUGGGCGGAGGCCCGUAAGGAAGUAUGACUGUUGUACAUAACUGCAGCCGGACAUGAUCAAUCAAUCAAUCAAUCAAUCAAUC